AUGGUCGACACAGUUCGUGAUUGUUUGUACUACUCCUUAGCCCUGGACGAAUCCGUUGAUAUUACUGACAAAAAUCAGCUAUUAAUUUUUGUUACAUGCAUCAGUGAAUAUUUUUGUGUAACUGAGGAACUUCUAAAACUGCACCACAUGGAAGAAGGGGCCAAAGGUAUAAAUAUAUUUGAAGCAGUUAGUGACGCUGUGAAAAAUAUAGGCGGUUUUCAAAAGUGCUCUUGCGUUUGCACCGACGGAGCAAAACCAAUGACAGGACGCAUAACGGGAUUGGCUGGACUUUUGCGGAAAAUGGUGUUAACUGUGUUAUGUUUCAUUGCAUUAUCCAUCGAAAGGCUCUCUGUGGAAAGAUAAUUAACAUCAACGAUACUAUGAAAACUGUAGUGCAGAUAGUAAACAGCUUAAGAGGAGGCAGAGUUCAGCGACACCGAAAAUUCAUCUCUUCCUUGGAGGAAUUAAAUACUGAAUAUAAGGAUGUACCCCUACAUUCAGAGAUACCCUGGUUGAGUGCAGGUAAAUGCCUUUUUUUCUGUAAGAAAAGAGAUCUUACUGUGUUUUGACACGGAAAUUGUUAUUAACACGGGCGUAUUUAUAACAAAGCUUAAGAACAAAACAUUUAUUCAUGAACUGGUAUUUCGAACAGACAUUUCC